AUGGAUUUUGAAGAAAUUCGAUUAAUUGUCAGUAAAGCUAUUGAACAGACUAAAACUCAUCAAAUUGACUUACUUAUGAGGUGGCUUGAUGGAGUACUUUCCAAAUAUCGUGAAUCAACUUUACCUUCGAAUACAGUAUCGGCUAAAAUAAGUAAUGAUCAAUGUUUUACAUGUCCUUGUGGUCGUUCAUUUUCGACCGAAAUAACAAUACGUGAAACCAGUAAUGUCGAAAGCAGUUCUCCGCCAGGAACGCCACUGCUUUCAGUGAAAACGGAUCUGAAAAAUCAACAAUAUUCACAUGAGUCAAUGUCAAAACGACAGCGCGGCUUAAUUGUUGACACACCUUCAAUGACAGUAGCAACAUUGAAUUCAUCAUCAUUAAUUUCAUCCUGGUCAACAGCAAAUAUUAAAAACUAUGGCAGUAGUCCAGAAGUAAUGAAUCAUGAAUUACAUCGUACUGAAAGUGAUAUUGAGCUAUCGAGUGAUGAAUCGAGAUGUUUAGAAGACAUUGACGCUGUUCUAUCACCGGACAAAGCUGCAAUAUCGAAUUUCAUUUAUUCACAUGAUUUAUGGACAACACCGUCUCUGUCGAGUGCUGCAAAUAGUACUAUAACAAGUUCAACAAAUAAUCAUGACGAUGAUAGACUUGAACAUGCACAAAUGAUAACAUUGAAACCAGUUAAUAACGAACCUCUAUCACCAUCUCCUGCUCUUAUUCACGAUGGAGAGAUGGGUAAAACAGUAGCAAUUAUUCAUCGACGUCCAAUGCUUGUAGCAUUUACUGACCCGAGAGCUUGCUCACCGACAGGACCGACUCAUUUCAAAUGUACUCAAUGCCAUGAAACAUUUGAUAGUCUUCUACUAGGCCAAGAUCAUGCUAAUCAUGGCAUGUGUACACCUGAUGCAACCGCUAAUGCACCGGCGAGUUCUGAUUCUCAACAAUCGCCUGCUGUUUCACCAUUAUUUGAUGCUUUUCAAGAUGAACUGGACGAGGGAAUCACUACUCGACUUGACACGAAAGCAGCAUGUCCAAUUUGCAAUAAAGUAUUCAGUAGUGUUCAUACAAUGGUUCGUCAUAAAACAUCAAUACAUGAUCGACAAGUUCGAUAUGGAUGCAAUAUCUGUGGGCGUUUCUUUUUCCGGAAAGAUAAAUUAACAUCACAUAUGGUUUAUCAUCAAGAUUUUGACACAUAUGUAUGCUGUUUUUGUUCAGUUGGUUGUAAAUCUCGUAUGUUAAUGAGACAACAUUUAAAACGAGAUCAUGUAAUUUCAAGUGAAGACACGCGUCUAAAUGAUAUACUUAGUCGAUGUCAAGUAAAAAAAUCACUUAAUUUAGAAACCAAUAUGUCUGUUGCAUACGGUGCUGAUCGACAAAUUGCAUCGUUAAAACGAAAUAUAAAUACAAUAACAACUGACAAUGAUAUUAAACAAACGGUCACUAUUAGUAGUAAUUAA